ACAACAAGCCAACUGCUAGGGAAGGUAAAGUGAACUAUUAUGGGAAUCAACAUAGUUAACCGCACAUUACUUGCUAAACUGACGGAUGAGACUUAAUAUUGUCUAAUGUAUCACAGGAACAUUUAAAAAGGAAGCAGGAAAACAUGGGGUCUGCUGCACACAAAGUGUGUGUGCUCCUGUGUUUUUGGGUCUCAGGAUCAUGCUACACACUCCAGACCGUGGGCCCAUGUACGGUCAACAGAAAGACGGCUGCAUUUGACUGUAGUGGGAAAAGACUUACAUCAGUACCAAAGCACAUCUGGACAAACGUAACCGAACUGGACCUGUCUGACAAUCUCUUAGACUUGACCCACACUGAUAACUUCAAGCGGCUGAACCUCUUCAGCCAUUUAGUUUCACUCAACCUAUCAGGCAACUACCUCCCCCUACUGUUAAAAGAGCAUCUCUACAGCUUUUCUUCUCUUAAAGUACUAGACCUGAGUAGGUGUAAACUGGCCACAGUGGAGGCAGACGCUCUGACCGGCCUUUCCAGUUUACAGAUGCUCUUCCUGGGGGACGUUCAGUCGACUGCAGUUAAAGACCUGAGAUUGAGUCCGUUUGUGGAAAUCAGAGGAGAAGAGAAUAACAGACAGAAAGUGGGAGACAGAGUAUUGAUUAGCAGAGCAUCAAAACGCACAGCACAGGAUGACCACUAUGAUGGCUAUUCUAAGGAUGUCAACCAUGGAGUCUUUCUUCGUAAACUACUCGCAGUGACAACAAUACAACCACAAAGCAACAGUACAAGUGCUAAUGUUUCAGCUUCAACAACAAGUGAACCCAAAAGGUCUUCAGAAAGCUGGAAGGUCCUUGUGGCUGUUCUGGGGUCAGCUAUCACCCUCUCUAUUUUUAUCGCUUUGAUGGCCAAGUACAAAGUCUUGCACAAGUAUCUGGCGAGCUACAGACACUCCAGGCUCAGCGAAGUAGAUGCCACGAGUCAGUGUGACCCUGCAAAUUUUGAGGUGGGAUUCUCGACCCAGGGUGGCCCCGGGACUCGCGCAGCUGCACCUACCAAUGGCGCUGAGGAGGAUGACGACGGGUUUAUUGAAGACAACUAUAUUCAAGCGAGUGAGACAGAGAGAGCCGCAAGAGCAGCAACACUGACUGAUGACGAUGAUGAGGAGGAAGAGAUUGAAUUUAGUAUUGGUUAGCAUUAUUAUGUGUAAUGAGGUUAAAUCUUAUUUAUAAUAACUUGCAUUAAGUAGUCAUUAACAAACAAACAUACUUCAUAAUCAGUUGCUGAACUAUUUUUUUGAAUAAUUCAUUGAAAAAAAAAAGAGAAGAAUAUACAGUGGCCCUAAGUAUUUGACGACUUAUGCUACUUAGUGUAAUAUUUCCAAAGAAAAAUCGAUAACGCUUUACAAUAAGGUUCACUAGUUAACAUUAGGUAACUACAUUAGUUAACAUGAACUAGCAUUUCAGCAUUUACUAAUGCAAAAUUACAAUAUUAAAAUCACAAGUUGUGUUUGUUAACAUUAGUUAAUGCACUGUGAACUAACAUGAACUAACAACGAACAACUAUUUUUAUGAACUAACAUUAGCAAAGAUUAAUAAAUACUGCAAUAAAUGUAUUGUUCAUAGUUCAUCUUGUUAGUUAAUAGGCCCUACAUUAACUAAUGUUAACAAUUGACACCUUAUUGUAAAGUGUUACUGAAAAAUCUUUUCUGUUUUAAUAUUUUCUGCUCUAUUUUGACACGUCCAAAUAGUUUAUAGGGCCACUUUGUUGAAAGCAUCUGAAAAUAUAUGAAUCAAAGCUGAAUGACAUUUGAAUGUACAGUAGGCAUAUAGGCAUUUAUACAAUUUUUGUUGACAUUAUUAAUGAAAGUUAUUGUAACACUUUACUUUAAAUGAUAAUAUUAAUUAAUUGUCUAAUAUAUUGUCUUUCUAGAAAUUGGAUUUACAUUUACUUUCAAUUGCGUUCUGGACCAUACAUAUUUUGUAUUUUGUAUGUUUCUCUUCAUUUCUAUUUUUUUUUUUUUUUUUUUGAGAAAACGUUCUUUCAUUGGCCACUGGGCGCCGCCUUUGUGUACUUUAUUACUUAGCCUAGAAUUAAAUAUUACAAGGUUAUUAAUGAUAUUAUUAUGUAUUUUGAUAUUGUUAUAUAAUAUAACACAAAUUAAACAUUGCAUGGCAUUCAC